AUGGGUGCACGAUGGGAGCGAUGGAAACGAGCACUAUUCAUUUACCUCGAAGCGUCUAACAUUGACGAAGACGUAAAGAAAAGGGUCUCUCUUCUACAUUGCGGCGGGCUAGACUUACAGGAAGUGUUUUACAACAUUCCUGGAGUUAGCUCCGUCGAACCAACUGAAGGCAAAGACGUGUUUGAAGUAGCAAUAUCUAAACUUGAUGCCUAG